GAAUCGGCGGCCUCGGUGGCGGUCUUGGACACGUCGAGCCGGGCAGAAGUGGAGGGGGCUUCUGAAGAGUCGUGACGGGGUGACGGGUUAAUUUUCUGAAAGGGAGGCGCCGGUUGCGGCACUCGAUCUGGGAAGCCAGGAAAGACUGUAGGCAGUCUCCAAAAGAAUUGUCUGAGGCUCCAGAUUACAUCUGUCUGAGCUGGAGAAGAGGGACCAUGUAGCAGAGAAUCUUCUGCUAACUCUCCACUUUUCUUGGAAAAAUGAGCCAUUCCCACCACGUGGGGCCGAGCUAUGUGGACCACAACAAUACCAUGCCACCUUCUCACCAUCACCCGACGACCUCAGCCUCCCACGCCCAUGGCGGGCCGGGAGCUGGUGACAUGAUGAUGAUGCACAUGACCUUCUACUUCGGCAUUAAGAAUGUGGAGCUAUUGUUUUCUGGCUUGGUGAUCAAUACAGCUGGAGAAAUGGCUGGAGCUUUUGUGGGAGUGUUUUUACUAGCAAUGUUCUAUGAAGGACUCAAGAUAGCCCGAGAGAGCCUGCUGCGCAAGUCACAAGUCAGCAUUCGCUACAAUUCUAUGCCUGUCCCAGGACCAAACGGAACCAUUCUUAUGGAGACACACAAAACUGUUGGGCAGCAAAUGCUGAGCUUUCCUCACCUUCUGCAAACAGUGCUGCAUAUCAUCCAGGUGGUCAUCAGCUACUUCCUCAUGCUCAUCUUCAUGACCUACAAUGGGUACCUCUGCAUUGCUGUAGCAGCAGGGGCCGGCACAGGAUACUUUCUCUUCAGCUGGAAAAAGGCAGUGGUCGUGGACAUCACAGAGCAUUGCCAUUAACGUCAGGCUCCAUAGUGUGGCCUUAUCGAGUGCAGUGGGAAGCAGUUCAAGACUGGAAGACAUGAUUCCUACUCAUAUCUUCCCUUUUCUCCUUAUCUCCUUACACGUGUGCGUGUGCGCACGCACACACACACCUGCUCAUAUCUUCCCUUCUUGCUCCUUAUACACACACACACACACACACACACACACACACACACACACACACCCCACCCCACCCCCACCCCCUGCUCAGUAGAGAUUUAGCUUAGUCUCUGAGCUAACGUGGUAACCUCCCUGACAGUUUUUUCCUGAGCUGAGAUUCCUCUUUCUCUUGAGGUAAAGCCACCCAUGAGAUGUCCCUUCCUCCACCAUCAUCUUAGAUCCAAGUUGUAUGUUCUGGUCUAAUCCAGGUAGCUUUCUAUUCAAUGAUGAUCACCUGCUUCCAUUUUUAGUCUUCUGUUUUUAUUUUUUUAACAGACAGUCUGUGAAUUUGGUGGGUUUUUCCUGGGUCAGGGAUGGAAAGGGAUUAACUUCAGCCAGGAUAUAUGGCAGCUGAGGGAAAUUCUUGCCCAACUAAACCCAGAACCCAAACUUAACAUUAAAAAAUAAGUUUCAGUCUUGGACUCAGUGAGUGGGAAAUACGUUGUGCCUUUCCCUAGGUGUGAUGUGUUGCACCGAAAUCUUUGUAGUGGGCAGAGGGGGUGUUUUGAGACAAAACCCAGGCCUAGAGCUUCCAGAAGUGUGCAUUCUUGGGUGGCUGACUCAUCAAUUGUGUUCCCACUUAACAUUUUGAUUAGAAUGAACUUGUUAAGCAAAAAAAAAGAUGACAAUCAAUUUGAGAAAAUAGAAAUAGGUAUUUUAAAAUAAAACCAUUGACAUUUUACUUUGACUUGAUACCUUGGUUUGUCACAGCUGAGUGAAGGAGAAAAGUUUGAAUCAUUAUCUCCCAUUAUUGUUUCCAUGUGUCUGGUUUUCAAACUUUAGCGUGCGUAAGAAUUAUCUCGAGGGCUUGGUAAAAACACUAGUUGCUGGGCCUCAACCCAGAGCCAAAAAUUGGCAUUUCUAACAAGCUCCCAGGUGAAACUCCUGCUGAUGAUCAGGGUACCACACUUUGAGAAUCUCUGCUUUAAAACUAAGGGAGUAUCACCUGGUGGGGUGAGCCUGGGAAUUUGAAUUGCUGAUUGGUAGGUGGUAUGUCUGGGCUUAACUCAUGUACCAAAUGCUGCUGGUCAACACUUAAUCAUUCCACAAACAUUUAUUCAGCUCCAACUGUGUGUGUGCCCCAGCACACAUACACCAAGGACUGUAGCCAAAGUAACUUUUAUCAGCAUGUGCGAAAUCACCAGUCCUUAUUUUUAAAGAUCUGUAGUUUCUUGGAAGUAGCUUGAAAGUUGAGAGAGACCUUUGAUCUGCAGUGUAAAUCACCCAGCCUUAUAGGCCAAAGGGCAAAAGUCGAGCCCUGUCUUUGGAGAGGCUUAGGGUAUGUCUGCCGCUGGCCAGAUUUUCCCACUCCCAGCAUCCAUGCCCUCACCAGACAUUCUCAUCCUCUAUGUGACCAUCUUUGUUACUCUUGGUGACUUAAUUUGAAUGUGGCCCAAACCUUUUCUCAAUGAAGAAUCACAUUGGAUUUUUAUCUGUUCAGUUGUUAGUCUGCACUGCAGUUUUGUUCCCAGUCCAAACUACCUCUGUGAAGUGACUCUGUUAAAUCCUGUCCUCGGUGCUGGACUCCAAUUGUGCCUCAGGGCUGAAGAGACAAAGCACAGCUAUCCUGUUGGCCUCUGUUGUGGUUUUGAAGUUUGUACUUUUCUCUGUGGGCACAGUUAAAUAUUGGAGAGUGAGGAAUGUGUACUUCCAUGGCUUUCAACCAAGAGAGGGCUAUAUGAGUCUACUGGACUAGCUUAAAAUAUAAGAACCAACAUUUAGAGUUUUGUGCUUUGCUUCUCAUUUUAACCCCUUGUAGUGCUGAUGCUUAGCAUGAGCAGAGUGAAUGACAGGUACUGACAGAGUCCAACAUUAAGGUGAAAAUAGCCUGUUGUUGUCUCAGCAGCCAAGAAAUAAUAAAACCAUGAGAAAUAAAAUAAUGUUUAGUAGUGACCCUGGUGCUGUUUAGAAAUCUUGGCAUGAGCUGCUAUAAAAUAGCCCUUUCAGGAACAGGACCUUAUCAUUAAGAUAAGAAAAAUCAAGGCCAGUUAAGAAAAGGGCUAUGAAUUUCAAACUCCCAGAGAGAAACAUCAGUUUGGGAUAGGUCUUCAGGUAUUCAAGAUAGAGCCUCCUGAAAAACCUGAAUUCCAGCAAUUCUUAGACUAAGUUGCCAAAGGAAGAAGCAAGUGAAGGAGGAAAAAAAUAAAAGCUUCUAUUCCUUCUUUCUUGCACUUUUGGGUUGUGAGAAUAUAAUGAUCUCUUUGACUUUCAUUUCUGCCUCCCUGUUCGUUUGGAAUUUCGUGCCUGACUUCUUUGUUCCUUUUGGAUCCAAAUUUCUCUUUUUCUCCUCCCCUGUUCAAAUCGAUUAGAAGCCCGUAUCCCCAUUUCUUUGGCCCCUUAUUCUGGUCUUUUUCCUUUUCUCUGUCUUUCAUAUCUAAAAGAUAGUAUCUUUUAUCCCAUAGAUCUAGCUUAUUAAGUCUCCCUAGGCCCCCUGAUGCAGUGGACAUUACUGUGCAGUGGAUAUAGACACCAACCAGAGUUGUCAAACUUGGUAGAGACCUUACACACAUUUCGAGGUGCCGUUGUCCCACUAGAAUUUCUAUAAGGCUGGGUAGAGGGCUACCAAGUACCAUCUGCAGCUACAGAAUCUUAGGUGCACUCUACAGUGUAUGCUGGAGGAACAGUCAGCCCCCAUUGCCCACACAUGGGAUCCUGUGUGUCCACCAGGAAAUUCGAGAUGAAGGUUCUCUCACUACUUCUACAGUUGAGUUGUCUGGAAUUCCUUUUCAGGCUGUGAGGCACUGGUCUUGAGUUAUAGCCACCAAGGGUUCUCUAGGAGGAGCUGAAAGGGGAGGGGGCAGGGGGUACACUUUCAUGUCAUUUAAUUUUGAUCCUGCCCUCUCCAGCUGCUGCUUUCAGAAAAUACAUCUAAAGAUACAAAGUCUACAUUUGCUAUAAUGCCUUAAUCACUGGGUCUACAAUUAAUGUUGACUUUUAGAUUGUAAGCUCCCAGAGAGCAGUAUUGCUGUAGUAGGAAUGUUCUAACAGUAUCAUGUACAAAAGAACAAAAUAAAUAUUUUGAUUUUGUGA